CUCUGACAGAUGAGGAUACUGUACCAGAGCACAGCAGCACUUGUUGCUCAGAAGAACUACCGUAACAGGGACUGCUCCUCUGCUGCCUGCCUUUUCUUAAUUAUUGUUAAUUUAGCUGCCUGCAAACUUGUUUACUCCAGUGCUUUCGAGCUUUAUCACUACAAGUGAUGUUUUAACAGCUUUGUGGGAGCGGUUCAGAAGGGAAACUCGCACGGCCGUGCAGUUGAAACCUCCUUUUGCCACUUAAUAUCAAGAGAUCAGCUGGUAGCCUUGGGGGUGAAAAAUGACAGACUCUAUUGCUGCUAAUGGGGAAGGAAAGGACCCUGAAAUUGAGCUCUUUGUGAAGGCUGGUAUAGAUGGAGAAAGCAUUGGGAACUGCCCAUUCUCCCAGCGUCUCUUCAUGAUCCUGUGGCUCAAAGGAGUUGUGUUCAAUGUCACCACUGUUGAUCUGAAAAGAAAGCCAGCUGACCUGCACAAUCUGGCUCCUGGGACCCACCCACCUUUCCUGACAUUUAAUGGAGAAGUCAAGACAGAUGUUAACAAGAUUGAGGAAUUCUUGGAAGAGAUUCUUGCACCUCCAAAGUACCCCAAGCUGGCUGCUAAGCACCGGGAAUCAAACACUGCUGGAAUCGAUAUCUUUUCCAAAUUUUCUGCAUACAUCAAAAACACCAAGCAGCAGGAUAAUGCUGCACUUGAAAGGGGUUUAGUGAAGGCUCUGAAGAAGCUGGAUGACUACCUGAGAACUCCCCUGCCAGAGGAGAUUGAUGCAGACAGCACUGAAGAGGAAAAAGUGUCUAAACGCAAGUUUCUGGAUGGAGAUGACCUGACACUUGCUGACUGCAACCUUCUGCCCAAGCUCCACGUUGUGAAGAUUGUUGCAAAGAAAUACCGCAACUUCGAGUUCCCGGCGGAGAUGACGGGGCUGUGGCGGUACCUGAAGAACGCGUACAGCAGGGAUGAGUUCACCAACACCUGUGCAGCAGACAAAGAAAUCGAGCAAGCCUACGCAGAUGUGGCCAAGAGGCUCAGCAAGUCCUAACUGCCCCCAGCCAUGGCGCAGUAUCCCCUCUUACAGACUCUGCUCCUUGUUGCCUUAACAUGUACUUUAUCGUUA